AUGACUAUUCGAAAAUGCGCAGCAGUCGUCGUGGGCGCCGGCCCAGCUGGUGUGGCGGUCGUGGGAAACUUGCUGGAGCGCCAGCUGGGCACGAUAGCCUGGAUUGACCCCAGCUUUGAGGCCGGCCGAGUCCACCGCAAGUACCGCGAGGUUCCUAGUAACACCAAAGUCUCCUUCUUCCAGGCCUACGCCACUGGCGUGCAACCCUUCAGGGACGUCAUCGAGAAUGCCCAGCGCCCCAACGCAUUCACCACCAUCGCAAAACUGGACCAGGAGAAGACUUGCCACUUGCACUAUGCCGCUGACAUGGUCCGCGGGCUCACAGACGGGCUCAUGAAGCUGGAGCAGGUCUAUGCCUGCCGCGGCUUUGUCACUACCGCCAACUUGACUGAUAGGCUCGAUGGAAGCGCCAAUGACCUAUUGAUUUCCAGCGCUCCCGAUCAUGAAGAAAGGCUAAUAUUUACACCACCGCAGAUUUCCAAGCAGUGGACUGUCCGCGUCAAGCAGGCCAACUCGUCCGACGAGCUUGAGAUCGAGACCUCACGUCUGAUCCUUUGCACAGGCUCGCACCCAACCAACCUGCCAGUUCCCGUCCCAGGCCUCUCCAUCUCCCCUCUCGACCUCGACACGGUCCUCAAACCCUCCGAGCUAGCCAUCACCCUUCCCACUGACACCCCCACUACCGUCGCUGUCGUCGGCGCAUCCCACAGCGCUAUCCUCGCCCUGCUCAACCUCGUCACGCUGGCUCGCGACUCACAUCCACUCCUCCGCGUCAAGUGGUUCACUCGCCACCCGCUCCGCUAUGCCGAGUUCAUGGAUGGCUGGAUCUUGCGCGACAACACCGGCCUGAAGGGCCUGGCGGCCGACUUUGCCCGCACCCAGCUCGAAGACGCCCAGCUCCCAACCUCGCCCGCAGGCACUGUGAUCACCAAGGUCGACUGCGCUGGUGGCGAGGCUCGCGAAGCGGCGCAAUACCGCGCCCAUCUGCCCGAGUGUGCCCACAUUGUGCAGGCGGUAGGCUUCACGCGCGAUCCGCUGCCGCAGCUGGCGUGUGACGGGGCGGCGCUGGCGCUUGAAUUCGAUCAUGAGUCGGGCAAGUUCCACGAGCGCGACGGCAGCGUGAUCCCAGGCUUGUAUGGGGCCGGCAUUGCGUUCCCUGAACGGGUGGUGGAUCCGCAUGGAAAUGUCGAAUAUGCGGUGGGCUUUUUCAAGUUCAUGAAGUUUCUGAAACGGGUGUGUCCUUCAUGGACGGCGGCUUAA